AUUCCUUCGUUUUCAUCUCGGAUUUGCACCACCAUGUGCGACGGCAGCUCUAGGGCUUAAGCGUCUGGGGUAGUGAAUCUCUGUUUCCUAAUUUUCGACCAGGUCAGUAUCUCUACCUUUCUGAGAAGGUUUUAGGGCUUUUUUUUCUCUGCUCUCAUGUCGAUCUCAAAAGAACUUUAUCCAUCUCAAGAGGACCUCCCCUACGAGGAGGAGAUCUUACGCAACCCUUUUAGUCUGAAGUUGUGGUGGCGAUAUCUGAUUGCUAAGUCAGAAGCUCCCUUCAGUAACCGUUUCAUAAUCUAUGAGCGUAUCUGCGAGAACGCCUUGAAAUUGUUAGAAAUCUACCCGUUACUCACCCCAAAAGAGAAGUUGAUUACUAGAACGCGUAGGACUUUUGACAGGGCUCUCUGUGCGUUGCCAGUGACUCAGCAUGACAGGAUUUGGGAGCCUUAUUUGGUAUUUGUGAGCCAGAAGGGUAUCCCUAUUGAGACCUCACUGAGGGUUUAUAGGAGGUACUUGAAGUAUGAUCCUUCUCACAUUGAAGAUUUCAUUGAGUUUUUGGUGAAUUCAAGUCUGUGGCAAGAGGCCGCGGAGAGGUUAGCUUCUGUUUUGAAUGAUGAUACCUUUUAUUCAAUAAAAGGUAAGACGAAACACAGACUGUGGUUGGAGUUGUGUGACCUGCUUACAACGCAUAAGACGGAGGUUUCGGGGCUCAGUGUGGAUGCAAUAAUUAGAGGUGGAAUACGGAAGUUUACAGAUGAGGUAGGAAGGCUAUGGACUUCGCUUGCUGAUUAUUACAUCAGGAGAAGUUUGUUUGAGAAGGCUAGAGAUAUUUUUGAGGAGGGUAUGACAACAGUAGUAACUGUUCGGGACUUUAGUGUAAUAUUUGAUGCUUAUUCACAAUUUGAAGAGAGUGUGAUUGCUCACAAGAUGGAGAGCUUGGAUUUAAGUGAUGAAGAAGAAGAAGACAUACAAGAAGACACGAUUGAGGAGGAUGAAGAUAUUCGUUUGGAUGUUGGUCUGUGCAAGUCAAAACACAAGUUUGAGAGGAAAAUAUUUAAGGGGUUUUGGUUGCAUGAUGACAAGGAUAUAGAUCUGAGGUUGGCUCGGUUGGAGUAUUUAAUGAACAGAAGGCCGGCGCUUGCCAAUGGUGUCCUCUUACGUUCAAAUCCGCAUAAUGUGGAGCAAUGGCACAGGAGGUACUUUGAAGAUGCUUUUAAGGUCUAUGAAAGAGGUGUCAAGAUAUUUAAAUACCCACAUGUCAAGGACAUUUGGGUAACCUAUUUGUCCAAGUUCGUGAAAAGAUAUGGAAAGUCGAAGCUUGAAAGGGCUAGAGAACUGUUUGAGCAUGCUGUUGAAACGGCUCCUGCUGAUGCAGUUAAGCAGCUGUAUCUUCAAUAUGCAAAAUUGGAGGAGGAUUAUGGUCUAGCAAAGCGAGCUAUGAAGGUCUAUGAUGAGGCAACCAAGGCUGUACCAAAUGAAGAAAAACUAAGCAUGUAUGAGAUACACAUUGCUCGUGCUGCUGAGAUAUUUGGUGUCCCUAAAACAAGAGAAAUCUAUGAGCAGGCCAUAGAGUCUGGUCUUCCAGAUAAAGAUGUGAAGACAAUGUGUUUGAAAUAUGCAGAGCUAGAAAAGAGCUUGGGAGAAAUUGACCGAGCUAGGGAAAUAUAUGUGUUUGCAUCUCAAUUUGCAGAUCCACGUACUGAUGGUGAUUUUUGGAAUAAGUGGCAUGAGUUUGAGGUUCAGCAUGGACAUGAAGAUACCUUCAGGGAAAUGCUGCGAAUCAAAAGAAGUGUUUCCGCAAGUUAUAGCCAGACACACUUCAUUCUGCCAGAGUACAUGAUGCAGAAGGAUCAGUCAUUGGCCCUUGAUGAUGCAAAGGACCAAUUGAAGCAAGCUGGUGUCCCUGAAGAUGAGAUGGCUGCUCUUGAGAGGCAAUUGGCCCCUGCAUCCAAAAAUGUCAAUUCUAAAGACAGCAGCAGAAAAGUGGGGUUUGUUAGUGCUGGGGUGGAGUCCCAGACUGAUGGGGGGAUGAAACCAGUUGCCACUGAAGACAUUGAUCUGGCAGAAGAAAGUGAUUCUGAAGAUGAAAAAGUUGAAAUUGCACAGAAAGAUGUUCCAUCUGCUGUAUUUGGAGGUCUUGUCAGGAAGAGAGACGAUGGUGACAGAGAUGGGGAUGAUGAUAUUGUACCAGCCAAAGAUUGGGAAAGUGAGAACCGUCUAGGAGCCCUUGAGAGAAUAAAGAGGCAGAAAAAAACUUGAUUUUAGUUACUAACCAUGUCUAAUUUUCAAUGCUGGUAUCUUUGUUCAUUUACAACACUUGCACUCUUUAAGCAUUUUUGACAUGCAUUAAGCUGGUUCCUGCCUGAAUUUACCGAGAUUAUGAUAAUUCCAAUUCUUGUGAUUAUUGCCCCUGCAACCAAAGUACUGAACUUGCACUUGGUUUUUUCAGCUCCUACAUUUACUUGUGAAAAAUAACCAGGUAUUUUUGUA